AGUUUUAAGGGAUGGCGUCUGCAGCCGAAAAACAUGUGGAUUUAGGCUUUGCCGAAAAAUGUCCUGUUAAUCAAGAAUGGAAGCUUGUUAGCCCUUUCUUCCCAAGUAAACUUGGAGGAAAGCCUUCUUGGCUUGCCCUUAAAGGCAUCCCUGAGUGUAAGGAUAUUCUCUGCGAAUACUGUGAAGAGCCUUGUUCAUUCUUACUGCAACUAUAUGCUCCAAUUGAAGAUAGAGAUGAUUGUUUUCAUAGAACCCUUUUUGUUUUCGUUUGCCGAAAUAACGAAUGUUCUAGACCCAAUACUAAUGGGAACUUUGUAGUCCUAAGAUGUCAGUUGCCUCAAAAAAAUGAGUUUUACUCAGAAUCGCCAUUAGUGAAUGAAGACGAGGAAGAUGACUUUAAAUUUGAUUUAUCUUCUGACUAUCCAAAAGCAGAAAACUUUCAAAAGUUAUGUUCUUCUUGCGGAGUUCAUGGCCCAUUAAGCUGUGGAAUAUGUAAGAAAGUAUCUUAUUGCUGUAAAAAACACCAACUAAUUCACUGGAAAUCUGGUCAUAAAAAAGAAUGUAAACAACCAGAGACUGUCGCCAAUAAAGUUCAAAUAAAAGAUUUCCAUUUUCCCGAAUUUGAAAUAAUUCAUGAAAAAGAAGAUUUAACUGAACUUGAAAGUGAAGACGAGGCUGAUGAGAAUGACAAUGAUAGCAAAGUUGAAGAGCUUAACAAUAGUUUAAAAGAAAAAGAUUUGGAAAAUUUUGUUUCAAGAACAGAAGAUGAAGCUUUCUCAAACUUUAGAAAUGUUAUCAAAUUGCAACCUGAUCAAAUUAUUCGAUAUAAUUUAGAUGGUGAACCGUUGUGGAUUUCUUCCGAGAAUAAAGUGUCUUACAAAGAUAUUUCUCCAUGUAAAUGUGGGACUAGAAGGCAAUUUGAAUUUCAAAUAAUGCCUCAACUUAUUAACUAUUUAGAAAUUGAUGAAAAAGACGAUAAAGGGUUAGACUGGGGUAUUUUAGCAAUAUAUACAUGUUCAAAAAAUUGUAAUUCAAAUAUUUACAAUAAGGAAUUUAUAUGGAGACAAGAUGUAUCAGCCGAUAAAUAA